UCGCGGCGAGGAGGGGGUGGGACGUACCAAGUACCGCCGCCACCGUUUCCCCCCCUUCGCCCGGUUCCCGCGGCCGGUGUGGGCGGGACCGGGGCGGAGGAUGGACGCGGCGCUGCUCGCCGCCGCUGCCGUGCUCCUCGCCGUCCUCCUCUUCUUCGCCACCCGCCUCCGCAGCCAGGCGAGGGCAGCUGAUGAGGAACACCAGCAGAAUGUGGUGGUGGCGGCAGCAGCAGUGGCCAGGCCUCGGCCCCACGCCGAAGAGCGGGGAGAUGGGAUGCCAAGGCGCCGGAGGAACAUGGGAAACCGGUUGAUGGCCCAGAGGAGAGCGCAGCAGGCCGAAGACUGGGUGGAAGAGGAAGAUGACGCUGAGGAGGUGCCAGAAUUUCAGGUGUCUGGGAAAAUUGGAGCAAAGAAGCAGAGGAAAUUAGAAGAGAAACAAGCCAGAAAAGCUCAGAGAGAGGCUGAAGAAGCAGAACGAGAAGAACGGAAAAAACUUGAGUCAAAAAGAGAGGAGGAAAGGCGGAAAGAAGAGGAGAGAAUACGUCUUGAGGAAGAACGACAGGAAGAGGAAAAAAGGAAGGCAAAGGAAGAAGAGGAGAAGAGAGAGUAUGAAGAGUACCUGAAGCUGAAGGAGAGUUUUGUAGUUGAAGAGGAAGGGGUUGAAGAAUCAAUGACAGAGGAAGAGUCUCGCAGCUUUCUAAUGGAAUUUCUCGAAUACGUUAAGAAAACAAAGGUAGUCCAGCUGGAGGACCUGGCUUCACAUUUGGGUUUAAGAACACAGGAUGCGAUUAACAGAAUCCAGGACCUGAUGGCAGAUGGCACUCUGACAGGUGUGAUAGAUGACAGAGGGAAGUUCAUCUACAUCACUCCAGAGGAGAUGGCUGCCGUGGCGCAGUACAUCAAACAGAGAGGACGAGUCUCCAUCGCGGAGCUGGCCCAAGCGAGCAAUUCCCUGAUCAACCUCCAGCCUGACAGCCGAGCUGUUGCUCCAACUGUGGCGUGAGAAAAAUACAGCGGGAGUUCAACCUUCUGAUGAAUAAACCACAUAACUAAAAUCAAACAAGGGCCCCUCUAGUCCAGUCACGGUGUUUGAAGAUAGGAUGCUUGUUUUAAGCAUCAGCUUCGCUUUUCCUUCUGUUAGAGCUGGUAUAAAAUAGGACAGUUGUUUGUGCAACAGAGGCUGGUCGAGAACUUGGGCCUAAAACACUCUGAUGCACCUGUACCCUGGGAAUAUCAGUAAUUUUUACAUGGUUACUUUAUCUUGGCAGCUAAUCUCAUGUGACUGUACCCAAACUUUUUAUUGUUUCCAGAUUCUGACGUCUGUAUCAAAUAUAUUUGGGUUUGACUGCGUUCAGACUUCUCCAGGCUUGCCCUGCGCUUGGGGAGCUGUAUAACUUUGUGGCAACGACAUACGCAGCCCAGAGGAGUAGGUGCGAGCUCGCAGGUUUUGUCUUCUGUAUCAACAUUGGAAGGAUAGAGUGAAAACGCUGCAAGCGUGCCUCUGUUCAUACCAAAAUAUAUACUGAAACUCUAAAAAGAGGGCUUGCUACGUUGUGAGAGCUUCCAGAGGCUGUUGCAGAAAACCUUUGCCAUAUAAAUAUGUUUUGCUUGGUUUAUAUAAUGUUAAAAGUUCACUCGCAGCCAAGCUGUGUUAUUUUUCUGUAGCCAAGAGACAGAAACUCCUCCAGGGAAAGGCUAACUCGCCUCGUUUAUUGUGCAGGCCGAUUCUACUGAUAGGACCAGAUCCUGAUGAUUCAUCCUUUGAAGUAAGAGCCAGCCCAGUGUGUCUGAAGGCCUCAGACACCCCCACCCCAUGGCCUUUGUGUUCUGAAUGUUUUUUUCCUUUUUAAAUCAAAAAUUCAGGCACUAUGAGUCAUGCAACUGAUGUUACAAGUAAAGGAUUACUAAUAUAUUAAUUUUAGGGGUCAGUCUAUUUUCUGCAUCAGAAUAUUUAUGGCUUUUAAUAGCCUAAUUGAUGCUUUGUUAAUUCUCCUUUCUGAAGUCAACACAAUCUAUGUGGCCGUACCGUAAUUGAGGAGGGCGAGAGGGGCCAGUUUUGUCUCUGCCAAACUUAGAGAUCGCUUGAGUAGACUAAAAGCUGCGUUACCGGUGAGACGAGAUAGCAAUAAAACAACAGAAGGAGACAUAUUUCCUCUUCAAUCUCUGCACGGCUGCUGAGUGCGACGCUCCGCGGGAGCGCCGAGUUCCAGUGCAGCAGCACGCGUUGGUGUGAAAGAUCGGUACGGCGCUGCUGUGUUGCACAGCGAUAACCAGCAAAAGGAUUACUUGGGAUGUCUCUUAAUUAUUCAAAAUUCGAUUUUGCCAUGAUAUUUUUUUGUUCUGUCCUAAACUCCUCUUUUAAUAAAAUAAACAGAUUGAAAGAAUUGCAGA